CUGGGCAAUGGCCUUCCUCGUGAGUGCCAGGGGGUGUUGUAAGGGGUAAACACCCCGGAGUAGCGUACGCACCCGUUUUGUGCGGGGCAACGCCGCGCGCUGUUGUGAGUGUACGUGCUGCCGCACAGGGAGACGUCAUUUUGAGGGGGAGCGAGGAAGGGAAAAGGGGAAGACGGAGGCACGUCGGCGGCUGAGACGAGCAGUGCGUCAAUGCCCUACUAGAAGCCGAUGGCGGACACGGAGGUCACGAUGUCCAUGGGGGACGUGGUGGUGGUCAACGCCACCGGGGAGGACGGUGACCCCGACGACGUCUCGAAGACGCAGGUCAUCCUGCAGCUCCAGCCAAUCACACAGGGGAUGGGAGAGGAGUGUGCAGAGGCCAAUGCUGCCCUUACAGCCGUGGAUGCACACCAGGAGAUGAUUGCCGACGGGGAGGAGGUGGAGUUUGGCUAUCCCAUCACUUGUGGCGAGAGCAAAGCAGUGCUGCUGUUCAAGAAGUUUGUCUGCCCUGGCAUCAAUGUGAAAUGUGUGAAGUACGACGACCAGCUGAUCAGCCCCAAGCAGUUUGUCCACCUGGCGGGGAAAGCGACCCUGAAGGACUGGAAGAGGGCCAUCCGGCUGGGCGGGGUCAUGCUCAGGAAAAUGAUGGACUCGAGGCAGAUUGACUUCUACCAGCAUGACACGGUGUGCACCAACACCUGCCGCAGCACCAAGUUUGACCUGCUGAUCAGCAACACGCGGCUCCCCCUGCAGGGCAGCGAGCCAGCCACACCCGCCACCCCUCAAGUGGGGAACGGAGGUCAGGCCAUCAUAUUGGAGGAGAGGCUGGAGGAACCCGUCGCCACGGUGGAGUUCAGCCCCAGGGCUGUCCCGGUCAUGACAGAGGCAGAGAGCAAACGGGAAACGGAGGACAUCUCUGAGGAGACGCUGAACUUCUGGAAGGGCAUCGCGGACGUGGGGCUGAUGGGAGAGGUGGUGGCCAACAUCCGCACCGAGCUGCUGGAGGUGCUGACGGGAGUGCAGCAGCGCAGCGCCGCCCUGCUGGAGCCCGACAUCGCGGUGCUCAGCAGUCUGGGCCAGGUCUUCGGGCUGCUCGACUCCGUGAAGCGAGUCCUGGACAGCCGACGCUGCCAGACCGACCCCAGCCAGGAGCACGUCCUCAGCACGCUGACAGGCCUCGAGCAGCAGUUGGAGGAGCAGAAGAAGCAGGCGCGCGAUUGGCGGGCUCGCUCCCGGGCGCUCCUCCACAGCGUGGCCUUCCCGCCCGCGGGGGCCCCUAAGCCCCCCGCCAAGCGGCCGCGCCUCCAGCGGCCGGCCUCGGCCAGCGUCCUGAGCGCGUCGGCCCCGCAGCACCAGCAGUUCACCGUGCUGUCGCCCAUCACCCUGUCGCCCGUCGGCCAGCCCUUCACCGUGACCGGGCUCCCCAUGGGCUCCCUGGCCUCCCAGCCCAACACCGUCACCCUGCACACGCUGUCCGCCGGCUCCCAGCUCUUCACCCGCUACGCCGGCGCCUCUGGCAAAGGCGACACCAUCACCCUCCACCCGGCCUCCAGCCUGACGCUGCUGAGCGCGGCCGCCAUGCAGGACUCCGGCCACCUGGGGGCGAUAGUGAGCCCGGUGGAGCUGGUGCACCUGGCCCGGGAGGACGAGGCGGGCGCGGGGGGGCAGGGGGAGGCGCCGGCCCAGCCCGACGAAGGGGAGGUGGUGGAGGGGGCGGUGCUGGUGCAGGAGGCGGGGCUGGAGGUGAAAGAGGAGGAGGAAGAGGAGGAGGAGGAGGAGGAGGCCGAGGACGAGGGCCAGACGCACACCACGGUCAUCGAGAUAGACCCGGCGCCCGGCGACCACGCGGACGGGGUGAUGGGGCUGCAGCUGGCGGGGGCGGAGGUGGUCCACGGCGAGAUGGAGGUCCUGGGAGACGGGGAGGAGGGGACCGUGGUGGUCCAGGGCGAGAUGGAGGUGGUGGGCGAGGGGGAGGGGACAAGCUUGGUGGUGCACGGGGAGGUGGAGGAGGUGCAGCUGGAUGCGCAGGGGCAGCUGCACGACGUGCAGAUCGUGGUCAUCGAGGAAGAGGCGCAGGAAGAGGCCAAAUAAGACCACCGUAGCGGGACAGCUGCAACUGUGACACACUCGGGGGACGCCUGUUGCUUUUCCCUUUCUAGAUUUGUUUUUUUUUUGAGAACCACAGAAACUCCACCUGGUUGGUUGUGCACUUUUCUGGUGAAUAUAUGUCUUUUUUGCGCAAUCCUUUCUUACAUACAGCUGGAGCAUAAUUAUUAUUAUGUGAUUUUUUUUUUUUUUUACUCUGAAGGACUUGGUAUGUUCGCAGCAAAGAUGGCACUAAACCAGACCCAGGACAGGUAUUGGGUCUCGUCCUAGGCCCAGGACAGGCAUUGGGUCUUGCCCUAGGCCCAGGACAGGCAUUGGGUCGUGCCCUAGACCCAGGACAGGCAUUGGGUCAUGCCCUUAGACCCAGGAGAGGCAUUGGGUCAUGCCCUAGACCCAGGACAGGCAUUGGGUCGUGCCCUAGGCCCAGGACAGGCAUUGGGUCGUGCCCUAGGCCCAGGACAGGCAUUGGGUCGUGCCCUUAGACCCAGGACAGGCAUUGGGUCGUGCCCUUAGACCCAGGACAGGCAUUGGGUCAUGCCCUAGACCCAGGACAGGCAUUGGGUCGCCCCCUAGACCCAGGACAGGCAUUGGGUCGCCCCCUAGACCCAGGACAGGCAUUGGGUCGUGCCCUAGACCCAGGACAGGCAUUGGGUCGCCCCCUAGACCCAGGACAGGCAUUGGGUCGUGCCCUAAACCCAGGACAGGCAUUGGGUCGUGCCCUAGACCCAGGACAGGCAUUGGGUCGUGCCCUAGGCCCAGGAGAGUUGGGUCUCGCGUUCAGCCCCGUCCCGUUUCAGAAUGAGGUGCAGGGCUACCACACGCGUAGAUCCCUCUUUGUAGUGCAGGAGACUGAAAGGAUUUGCCUGUAAUCUGCAGUUUCAAGUGUCAUUAUUUAUUUUUUUAAAAAGCAGCUGUCAUUUUCAUUUUGACCUUUAUUCUUUUUUUCCCCAAACUGGACGAACGCUCCUGAGCUCUAAAUGGGGAAGUUGUGACUUUCAUGUAAAAAGCAAAGACCUUGUAAAUAGGCCCAGGGUUUAUUUUAUUUACAGUUAAAGCUUUUAGAUAUAUUCUUGAUUUUUUUUUUCUUUCACUUUGUAUACUUUAUAACAGUGUUAUUCAUGGUACUGUGCUCUGAGACUAUAGUAUGACUUUGAUUGUGAGAGAAUUGCACUCGGUUCUAUAUUUCUAUAUCGGAUUUUAUAGGAGUCUGAACAGAAGACUGUUAUUUGCCUUCAGAGUUUCUACUGAAGACGGACGACGAAAAUGUAACCCAAAGCUUAAAGGAACGGCAGGGCAUUGCUUCCAUAGCGAAAUCUUGUUGCGGCGAGAAACUUCGCUCAUUAUAACGAGGAAACUUCUGUCGUUAAAGCGAAAAAGAAAAGAAACCGUCUCAUUAUUACGGGAAAAUGUGCUGUUGUGAAGGGAGGGCUGCAGAUGAGAAUACGCGGUUUAUUGACGUAACCGUUGUAUUGUGCAGCCCGAGGCUGUCCACUCCUGCGAUUACAGAGGCCUGUUCUCUCGCUGAAGUAACGAUCCUGAUGGCUAUUGCUGUCAAUGCACGACGCACAGAAUUGGUUCAGUGAAGGCCAGUAACUCUUAGGGACAGACAGAUUUGUUUUUGUUUUUUACUUCUUCUUCACAGCCCCGUACAUUUCACAAUCCUUUAGCGUACGCGUACUUAUCACAACGCCCUUGCCUCGUCUCAACCCUAAACUGAAGUAAUACUUAAUGUGGUAUUAUAUCGCGCAAGCCGUUGGCCUUCAGCGAAUUAAUUCUGCGUAUCGUUUUCGAUAGGCUGUUUUCUUGGCAUAACAAGGUCCUUUUCUCAUUAUGGGUUGGUGUGUUGCCAUAAGAAGAAAAAAAAGAUCUUGUCGUUUUAACGAGAAAAGUUUCUCAUAACAAGACACUGGGCGAAAAAUAUGUUUUCAUUGUGGGAGCAAUGGGUCAGAAUCUGCAAUUUGAUACGCUGUGUAUUUCGCGUGAAACCUAUUCAGGACUGAGAAUAAAUUGCUUCCCUUAUGUAUCUCUGGGCCACCCGUGUUCUGUUGAAGAUUUGUAACUGUUCUCAGUUACAUGGGCAGGUUUCACACGUUUGUACACGCUAUCAAACUGCGGACUCCCGCUGGAGUUCUCCUUGUACAAUUUCUGUCUGUUCUCACUUUAUCGUUAUGGGCCAGUAAUGAUCACACGGGUGUGUGGGCCUUCCCCAUUGGUCCGGAGGGUUCCGUGCCCUGCUGGCUCUUGAGGCGAUCGAGCUGUUAUCUUUCUACACAUUCAGCAGUAAUAAAAGAAGCUGCUUUGGUGGGCAGGUGCA